AUGGAGAAGUGUGAGUUCGCGGGCAAGACGGUGAUCGUGACGGGCUCGGGCGCCGGGCUGGGACGAGCCAUCAGCAGGGCGUUUGCCCGUGAGGGAGCCAAUGUGGUGGUCGUAGACCUUGACGCCGAAGCCGGCCGCGAGAACGAGCAGUACAUCAAGGAGCAGUUCGGUGCCCAGGUCCUCUUCGUGGAGGCGGACGUCAGCAAGGACGAAGACGUUAAGCGCUUGGUUGAGACGACUAUCAGUGGUGUGGACGUGCUGAUCAACAACGCGGGGGUGAGCUGGUUCGGCUCGAUGUUCGAGGAUAACGCAGUGGACCUCUUUGACCGCGUGAUGGCGAUCAACGUUCGGGGUCCCUACCUGUGCGCCAAGCACGUGGUCGAGCAGGCCAUGAAGAAGAGCGGCAAGGGAGGCGCCAUCGUCAACAUCGCUUCCACCAGGGCUCUUCAAUCCGAGCCCAACACGGAGGCCUACUCGGCCAGCAAGGGCGCUGUGCUCGGUCUCACCCACUCCAUGGCCGUGUCGCUCGGCGAGUUCGGCAUUCGCGUCAACUCCAUCUGCCCGGGCUGGAUCGAGGUUCGAGACUGGCAGAAGGCGGGCAAGGCCCAGCAGCCCACGCUCGACGAGACUGACCACAAGCAGCAUCCCGCUGGGCGAGUGGGACGGCCGGACGACAUUGCGGAGGCGUGCCUCUUCUUGAGCGACAGCAGGAAGUCGGGCUUCAUGACGGGCCAGAACAUGGUGAUCGACGGCGGCAUGACCAAGAAGAUGAUCUACUCGCACGACUUCUCCUCCAAGGAGGAGUGGAAGAAGAAGGACUAG